AUGCUUACACCAAGAGUACAGCUGCAAUCUCGAGACCUCUGCGGUGGCAGCGUCUUCCAUGAGGUUGUUGAUUGGGACACAUCCCAGACCUCUGAGCCAGCUCUCCAUAUAGUUGAGACCAAUGUAAAUAUUUGCACUGACACCCUUCAUGGUGAUCUGACCGCCAGGGAUCUUUGUGUCCACCAAGUCAGCUUCAGAGACCUCGUAGUCCUUUUGCACGUGGAGCUGGUUAGGAGUAGGCAUGUGUUCCUCAAAGACCGGCAGAGCAGUAGACAACAAGCCAGGGUGAGCGAUCCAGGUACCGUCGUGGCCAGCAAGAACCUCUCUGAGUUUGUCUUGCUUGACGGCUUCCAUAGCCACUGCGUUUCUUUCUGGGUCGUUCUUGAUAGGAAUGGUUGCAGCCAUUCCUCCCAUUGCGUGGACACCUCUCUUGUGGCAGAUCUUGAUGAGCUGCUUGACGUAGUUGGUCAUGAACGAUACCUUCAUGGUGACCUGGUGUCUGUCUGGCAAGACGUGGUCCUUCUGGUUUCUGAGUCUCUUGAUGGUCUCGAUAAGAACGGUGGCCUUGAUGGUUCCUCUUGGGAUCUCAAGACAGUCCUGUGCAACGCCGAAGAUGUCGUUCCACAGUUGGGCCUCUUUGUAGUGUUCCAUCUUUGGCAGGUAGAAGAACGGAGCCAGUCCUUGGGAAAGCAGGUACUUGGCGUUAUGGAAGAAAAAGAGACCGAAAUCCAUGAUGGAGGCAGAGAUUGGCUCGCCGUCAACGAGGAUGUGCUUGUCGACCAUGUGCCAUCCUCUUGGUCUGACGAUCAAGACAGGCAGUCUUCUUCCUUCCUUGUUGAUCUUGUAACGCUUACCGGUGGACUCAUUGGUGAAGUCGAUCUUGUCUCUGAUAGCGUCGUACAAGUUGACCUGGCCGUAGAUCAUAUUGCUCCAUGUUGGAGAGCACGAGUCCUCGAAGUCGGUCAUGUAGGUGAACACGUCUGUGUUGAAAGCAUUCACAAUCAUCUUUGCGUCUGGAGGACCGGUGAUCUCGAUCUUACGGCAUUGCAAUUUAGGAUGAGAAGGCAGACACUUCCAGUUAGGAUCGUCUCUGAUGUAUUUCGUCUCUUCCAAGAAAUGGAGCUUUUCGCCAGCGUCCAGUUCCUUCUGAACUUGCUGUCUGUUCUCGAGUAA